GCCUUUCUUUUAGAUAUUUCUUGAUGUGUUGUCAGAUAAAAAUCAACACCUACCUCACACUACUCACACACACACAACAAACAGAUUAGAAAAAUCACACAAGAAAAUCUACAAAGCCCUCAUCAAAGGAUUUCCUUUUCUCCAAAUCUUGCAGUCGGAUUCGCCGUAAUUCGUGUGUGUGUGUUUGUUUCAAUAUGGGUUACAAUUGUGAUUACUGUGGAGAGGCAAGAUCAAUGGUGUAUUGUCGAUCGGAUGCAGCCUACUUAUGUUUAUCGUGUGAUCGCGAUGUUCAUUCUGCGAAUCCGCUGUCCCAACGCCACAUGAGAACACUCGUGUGUGACGUGUGUAAUUCGCAGCCUGCGGUCGUUAGAUGUGAGGAUGAGAAGCAAUCUUUUUGUCAGAAUUGUGAUUGGGUAAGUCAUAAUGGAGAUAAUAUUGAUGCGAGUACGCAUAAUCGACAGACGUUGAACUGUUAUUCGGGAUGCCCUUCAGCUACCGAACUUUCUUCGAUUUGGUUCUUUAUGUCGGAAUCUUGUGAGCAAGAAAUGGGUUCAAUGAGCAUUGUGGAUGACAACACACAAGAACCUUCGGGAAACAGCAAGAUUCAAGAUUCAUCGGUAAACAUUGAGGCCAGCAAAGUGGUUGAUGAUGGGCUCUACGAUGACUACACGAUGGAUGAAGUUGACAUGAACAUCGAGAAUUACGAAGAAAUGUUUGGUGUCGGGCAUAACGACCCAAAACAUCUUUUUGCAAAAGACGGGAUUGAUAGCUUGUUUGGCAAGAAAGAUCAAACAAAGGAGUCUGCAAAUACGGUACAACCAGAAUGCAGUAACGCAGCCUCGAUGGAUUCAUUAAUGAGCUGCAAAACCGAACCGAGCCCAUGUUAUGCACAUCAACAGACUAAUAUUUCAUUUUCGAGUCUAACUGGCGAGAGUAGUGGCGGUGAAUAUCAAGAUUGUGGGGCUUCUUCUGUGGCUCCAAUGGGUGAGCCGCCUUGGUGCACCACCAGAAGUGAUGCGGUUCUUCGUUACAAGGAAAAAAAGAAGAUGCGAAAAUUUGAGAAGCGAGUAAGGUAUCAAACACGAAAGGCGAGAGCUGAUGUGAGAAAACGUGUGAAGGGGCGGUUUAUUAAGGCAGGGGAUGCUUAUGAUUAUGAUCCCAUGACUGAAACAAGAAGCUUCUGAGAGAAUACAAAUAUAUAUGAUAUCUAUCGAGCCGGGGGUCUCACUGGAAGCAGCCUCUCUAUUUCUACGGGCUAGAGGUAAGGCUGUCUACAUCUUACCCAUUCAGACACUACCUUAGCUUUGCUAUUGGUGGGAUUUACUGAGUAUGAUGAUGAUGGUCUAAUACUGUAGUGGUGGUGAGUUGUUAUUAUGUUUCUGAUGGUGGUAUGUGCAUAUGAUGAACACUUGUAGAUUAUAAAUUUGAUAUUUUCACAAUCUCAUGAAAAUUGAUCAGUUGAGACUGUGGUAACA